AUGUUUUUGCAAAGCAGGUCAAGGUACAUAGCACAACCCGUCAUGUCUGCUCAGAUGAACACUGAUUUAUUCAUGCUGAUUAGCAUCUGUACUGUUUAUAUGGUGCGUACGUAAAUUACGUUUUAACUAUCUUUAUGAAAAUUCAUAUGAUUGUAGUUAUAUCUUUGUAUUAUAUUCAUCGUGCUGUGGAAAAUACGGAGUAUAAAAAACUGAGUUACUGCGAGCGUCGUAUAAUUAUAUUUAACUUUCCGUAAAGCUACUGAAGAAGUAGCAUAGUCAGCAUAAUAGGUCAGGUGCUGUUAUUCGAUUCGAUUCGAUAGUUUACGUUCUCGUCUGUGGUCGACCAACACGUAACUUAUUGUGCCAAGAGAUCUUGGGAUUCCCUGAUGUGGCAUAACAAACGAGGCAGGAGGAAGAAAACGAACUUGCAAUACUGUUUUCUGACAGAAACUUAAACAGUGGGUGAUCUAAUGCAGCGAGUAUUACAAACCUCCUCCUCAUAUCAAAGUGCGGUUACUUUCACUUUCGAAAGAGCCAUCGAAAACAAAGGUUUGAUGACACUUCAGUUGUCUCCGAGGAAAAAGGGAAAAUACCUCCCAAGUCGACUCGAUUGUCACUAGUUGAGAACUUAAUCAAUCAAACUUCCAAAAUAAACAAUGAAGAUCCGAAGAUCAGAUUAUCUAUGGACAAAAAAUGAAGAAACAUGCAUGGCAAUGAAAAAAAAAUUGGAUAGUCCAUAUCUCUAAACGAACACAAACUUAGAUUUUUUUUUCAGAAUAUUUUCUUCUCACGUGAAAUACUCGUGUCGCUUCAGAUAUCAAAUAUCCGGUUGUCAUGGGUAGGUUUAAAAAUAUCACCUGCGUUUGCGGGUUUUGCCGCAGCCUGUUAAUUUCGCCUAUUUUCCGGGUUUAUAGAAUAAGAAAUGACUGUCAGCGCAGUAAUGUACGGAGGACCUUGAUCUUGGAUAAAACCGUGAAAAAUUCCCGCCAUUUUAAAUUGCAUUUGCUUCGCUGAAUGAUUAAUCUGAAAAAACUGCGUCUCCUUCUUAACCAACAAAACGAGAGAGAGUUAUGGUUAAUUGCAAAUUUCAAACUUUAUCUAAGAAAAUUUAGGCCAUGAAUCACAUUACAUAAUGGGUGACAAAACCAUAAAAUACUGAGUUGUUUGUGGACUCAGAGAAAAAAAGAGGGGAAAAACUCGUACUUGUCAAUGUCUGCUUUCUGAUUAGCGCAAACUCUUACAUUAUCAGUUUCCAGUGCAAGUGGCAUGUAACAGAAGCUGCAGAUGGAAUCAGCUGACUAUUUUGCAUCCCAAGGGAGCCGUAUGCUUUCCUUGUCCAGAAUGUCCCAAGGGUCAAGGCAUGGUCCCGCAGUGUGGCUCGCGUAUAACUGCUGACGUCACAGUGGAGUGUGUAAAAUGUAAACUUGGCAAAUCGUACUCGGAUAAGCAAGAUAUCUCCUCGUGUAAGCCGUGUACCAUCUGUGACCCUAACGAAGAAACGAUCAGCCCUUGUACUGCAACGAAGAAUGCGGUUUGUGGAGAAUGCAAUGCUGGGUAUGUAAGUCAUAGCUGAAUUUUACCAGAAGAGCGGCAUCUAGGAUGAAAAUCUCUCUCGUCGUUUUUCAGGUUCGAGAAUAGAUACUCAGUAACUGAGACGUAUAGAUAAUAAAUCAUGUUCAGUUUCAUUAUUUGAAGAGUUUAUCCCUACUCCCCACCCUUCAAUCAUUAGUUGUCAGCAGGAAGACAACUUUCUCAGCUUUUCCCUGAUCGUCGUACGUCCCGUGUUCUUAUAUCGGAAACAUGUAUGUAAGUUUGGUCAUCAAAAUAGAGCGUGACCUGAGAUUUUUGUUCAACUCUACCUCGUCUGUAUCGACUGACUUAAUCAAAUCUUCCUUUACUAUUUUGUGCCCGCCAGGAUUAUUCACAAGACAGAUGUGAAGCGCAUUUUUGAUGGAAAACCUAUCGUAAAGGCUGAUUUCAUGUUUCAACUUUUCAUAUAACAGCUUCUAUAGAGCUACAACUGGAGAUUGCAAACCUUGCAUGAGAUGUUGUGCUGAUAGUAAGGACGAAGAUAUAGAGAAACAGUGCAAAGCACAGACCAACCUCCCAGCAAACCAAAUAUGUCGAUACGAUGUUAACACCAUCAAAUGCGCGCCUACAGCAUACAGGACAACCGCGCCUGCUGUAUUGGUAUCCACGGCACCUGUAAUGUCACAAGACAUGAUGGCUGCCCGCACUAAAGAGGGAAAGAAUGGUAGCACCCUGUUGUUCAUUUCGUUUGCAAGCUGUCUUGCUUUCUUUGUGUGUCUUUUACUUGCAGUGAUGUUGGCUUUUUAUUACAAAAAGAAAAUACUGUCCUCGAUUUGGUGCUCCGGACAUAUAGGCCGUGUGAUUACAACUCGUAAGUAUUCAAGGGCGAGAGAAUCUCAUAGAUAAGCCUAUAAGACUUUUUUCUGUUAAAAAUGAUUUCUGCACUAGCGCGGACCUCCCUCCCUUUUCUUUACAAAAAUCGUGAGUUUUGAGCCUAGAAAAUCAUUUAUUCAUACUUUUAUACUCAUCCCUCUAAAUUAUGAGUAUCUCCCUCGCCUGGGAUCUAAUUUAGUCUUAUUUUAGUCAAUGAACAAAUAGGAAAACAUAAACUUAAGCUUUUGUACGUCGUUGCCUCUAGAGUAUUAGAAGAAACCGUCAAUUUCGGCGGAUGUUUCAGCUAACUUGUAUCUUACUAGUUUACUUGUGCAACCAAGGGUAAUCUCCCUAGAAUUGCACGGUGUAAUAAAUCUGAUACUGCACCUCUGAUCUUGAUCUCUGCAUCUCUUACAGCAACACAAGCGGAUUGCAAUCAGCCUUUGACUACCAAGGUUGUGUUUGGGAAUGAAAAAGCGUGUGUAUGA